AGGAGGGAGAUUUGAGUUGCCUGCUGUACCGACGAACUAUGAAUCAGCUUGAGCAAGAUUUGCGGACUAAACCAAUUUGCUUGAUUGUCCUUGGUAUGGCUGGUUCAGGCAAAACGACAUUUGUGAAGAAGCUAAAUGAGUAUUUAACAGUUUCAUCAACUUCGUCGUAUACAAUUAAUUUAGACCCAGCAGUUCAUCAUAUUCCCUACAAUCCUAACAUUGAUAUUCGCGAUACUGUCAAGUUUAAAGAGGUUAUGAAACAAUAUGGUUAUGGACCAAAUGGAGCUAUUAUGACAUCGUUGAAUUUCUUCGCCUCACAAUUUCAUAAAGUUGUGGAUAUAAUUAACAAUAACUCCGGAAAGGUUUCCUAUGUAAUAAUCGAUACACCUGGACAAAUUGAAGUGUUCACAUGGUCUGCUUCAGGAACUAUUAUUACAGAACUAUUAGGAAAUUCUUUUCCUACUCUGAUUAUAUAUGUAAUGGAUACUCCACGAAGCCACAAUCCUAUCACAUUCAUGUCUAAUAUGCUCUAUGCUUGCAGUGUGUUGUAUAAAAUGCGACUUCCGUUUAUAUUAGUUCUCAAUAAAAUUGACAUUAUAGACUGUGAUUUCGCCAUUCAAUGGAUGAGGGACUUUGAGACAUUUCAAGAUGCUCUAGCUGGUCAUCAAUCAAUUGAUGGACCAUCUGAAAUGGAAGGUGAUAAUCCUUGUCCUGGGACAUCACCAUACAUGAAUAGUCUGGUUCAUUCUAUGUCAUUAGUGCUAGAUGAAUUCUAUAGUACUUUGCGUUGUUGUGGUAUCUCGUCGAUAACUGGUGAAGGCAUGAGAAAGUUUGUGGAAGAGAUUGGUGAAGCGAAAGAAGAAUACUUUAAGAUAAAUCUUCCGAGCUUGUAUGCUAAACAAGAGAAAAACAAGCAAGAUUCAAGUGAUAAAUCUAGUAAGUCUCAUUCAUCUAAACAUGGAUCAAUGCUUUUGGAUUUGGCUGGUAAUGAUGAUGAAGCUGAAAAUGAUCCGCUACCUGAUGUUGAUGGUAUAGAAAUUCGUCCACACAGUGAUUCAGAUGAUAAUGAUGAUGAUGAAUUCAUAGAAUCAAAAGAUCUCACAUCUAUUCAAAAUAAAUUUCAACAAUCAUGCUCUGUUGAUCCUGUUCCUUCUAUGAAUUGUGAAAAUUGAUCGGUUCUAUAAAUGGAACCAAUGAUUUUGUACAAAGUAUAAAUAUUUGUUGUUGUUGUUGUUGAGAUUUUUAGCAUUUUAUUAUGAUUGAUGUUAUUGAAUAGAGAAUGAAGAGAAUUCAGCGAAGAAAACUUUUCGCUUCUCAACGCAAAACAUUUAAUUAAUCUAUACAUUCAUUCGUAUUUAUAGUUAUAUGAAAAAUAUAUGUCAAUAUAUAAUCAUUGAGUUGGGAUUAUGUGGAAGUUCUACUCAUUGCCUUCUUGCAGGAGAGGUGUUGUUCACGAAAUCCAGGGGAUGAAAAGAGAAUGUCUGGAGCUUUAAUCGGGUUAGUGGAUAUGGAGGAUUCAUCUAGAGAAGUUGAAAAACUCUAAUUCCAAAUCAAUGGUGCACAUGGGGCUCUAGAAUCUUGAGAAAACAAAUAGUGUAUGAACCAAUCGUUUGUCAUCAGCUACCAUGGGACUACAUCUCCUUUCGUUGCUUUACUACCUUGUGGAUCAGACCUUUAGGUGAAAGGCUCCGAGUGUGUGGCCCGCUAAGAAAACUACUUGCUUCAGUUUGGGCACCCGGGCAGUAUUGUAGCCCUCACACAAACCGAAUAAUUUAUGUGGCGUAUAUCUAUUUGGUGCCUCCUUGUUUAUGUAUUUAAAUAAUAGGAUAGGUGACGUUUACUGGUUAAAUCUGUACAUUUUCCGGGUAAAUGAACUUACCAGAGAAUGUUUUCACAUAGAUUAAAACCUUUUUGUCACAUUUAUCAAAAUUUCAUGGAAAUAUUAUAAAAUAACAGAAUAUAUCAUAGUCAACAUGCUUAAAAACCUCUGAAGUUU